AUGGUCUGUCAUGACGAACUGGCUUUUUCAUCAAGCAAUGAUGACAAAUCAUCUCAUCGCCAAAUGGUUGGCAUGAAUGAGUUGAGCAAAGUUCACCUUCCCAGAGAAUUGUCGCCAAAUGGCCGUCACAAAGGACUCUGUCAUUUUCUCCACAGAAAAGCCAAGCGUCCAUCGCCGAAUGGCCGUCAUGGAAUCGCUUGGAAGAUGCAAAUAAAUAUCUUUGAUGACAAAUUAGCUCAUCGCCAAAUGGCCGACAUGAGUGAGUUGAGCAAAGUUCACCUUCCCAGAGACUUGUCGCCAAAUGGCCGUCACAAAGAACUCUGUCAUUUUCUGCGCCUAUUACUGAAAAGUCUUGGAGAUUUAAUAUGA